GGUUUUUUACUUUUCCUGUUUCUAUUUUCUUUCCCGCAUUUUCUGACUUCGGGAAAAGGAUGGAGAAAAACAAACGAAAGAUAAGCUGUCUUCCAUGCCGUCAAAAGAAAGUCAAGUGUGAUGGGGUUAAACCGCAUUGCGGUCGAUGUGUGCGGAAGCAGUGCACUGACGCUUGUGUCUUCACCGCCCCGGGCACCGCCGGUCGACCUCCUAAAAACGCUGUGGUCAAUAAACUUGUGCUGACCGCUCGCCACAGUUCGCCAUUCUGUAAACAGUUCAUCUUUGAAAAUCUCGUUCAUCCCAACUAUUCGCUCCGUGAUCCAGUAUGCCAUUCGCUGGCCAUGAGCCUCCAACAAGUGUUUGCCAACAUCUUCAAGAAUCAACUGACCAUGCAGAAAUGGACCCCGCAGGACCAAUCGCUCAUCAGUGCAGGUUCGACGACUCAGAUGCAUGAUCUGCGACCUUAUUUUAGCUUGUUGAUUGCCGAUGUGUGCUGUCUUAUGCUGCGUCGAUUGGGCGAGAUUUCAGUCAAUCACUGUGACGACAUGUUGAUGGCAUCCCGAGGAUUGACGCUCGAUGCCACGGACGACUUUUUUGGCGGCUCUGUCGGUACUACUGCGAACCCACUUCAAUCCUUGUCGCCGCAAGAAGCCCUCCGAUUGAUUGAAGUCUUUUUUACCGUUCAUCCAUGUUGCAUCCUCAUCAACAAAACGAUGCUUAUGCAAAGCUAUUGGACAGACACUGCCGAUCCGUUACUGUUAUCCGUUAUUUGCGGUACAGCCAUGCACACCACCCGUCUUUUGGAAGGCAAACCGCUCUGUCUGUGGUACGCAAGCUCAUCAUCGACUCGCAACCUCUUUUUGGAUUAUGCCUACACUCUGUUGCAUAAGACCUCAGGCAAGGCGACGUUCACUCGAUUCCAAGCGGUGGUCCUACUGGCACACUUUGAAACCAUGUUUGGUUAUCCCAAACGUGGAUUUGCUCUGUUUGCCGUAUCGUACUCGAUGGCGGCAGAGCUCGGUGGGUUCCAGCCUUCCUCAUCCGUCAGCAAUCCCAUUGAAACCGAGUUACUGCAGCUCGCUGUCUGGCUUGUUUAUAUUUCCACCGUAAGAGGGUCCAGUGAGAUGGGCCAUUUACCACGUCGCAUGCUGGUCGAGUGUAAAAUACCAUUUCCCCCGAUGAACAUUCAUCAAAGUGCAUCGUACCAGUUUGAUUCGGCCAACAACAAUGUGCAUUUCAUGCGAACCUACCCGUAUAUUUUGGAGUCAUUCUAUACCAGUGCCGUGAUUUCGCAUUUUAGCUGCCAACUAUUACUGCUUCUUCCUGCGAUGCGAGGAAACAUAUUUGAUACCAACAAGCCUCGGCCAAGUCCACCCGAAUCGUUUGAAAAGUUAGAGUCCGGUUUGCAUGGCGUACUACAUGAAUUUGCGGCAUUCAUCGAUAAAACCUCGAAGCAGUGGUCUGUCCAACAGUUGUACACGAUCGAAACUGUAUGGUUAUUAUAUACCAUUCAGUGCCAAUUUCUUCGACGAACCCUCCGUAUGAUGAAGGAGAAAAACGCGUUUGCAGAUGGGAAUGACGACAUUUCGAUCAUCCUGGAUAAAGAAUGGUAUCAACUGCUCGAUCCCAUUUACCUAGAUCCGGCGGAUCCAGAUGUGGCGGUGCGAAUUCAGAAUAUCCUCCCAACCGUAUUCAAGAUGGUCGACAAAACGAACCAUUUUCUAGCCUCUCCCGCCCAUUACUACGAUGAUCGCAUGCUGGCUCCCUCGGAAAUCAUUCUAUCCAGCAUCGAAAUGGCCAGCCGUAUCUUGAUUCUCCGGUAUCAGUUUGUACAAGAAGCGCAAGUGCUUCAGUAUUUACAGACGCUUCGUCAGUUAUCGCUGAAUCCCAUUUGGACCGGCUGGACGGGAGCCGAUUCCGUACAACGGCUCAUUCAAGAUUUUCUUACUGUAUAUACUCUUCCCGAUCAAGCAUCUUUUGCUUUGGAUACAACCUUAUUCAACACCUACUUGAACACAUUGCUACAGACCAACAGUUGGCUCAACCUACCAGGUACAGCGAUCCCAUCCUAUUCAAAGUCCAAUUCUACCGUCGGCAGCAGUUCAUCCGAAAGUAGUCCAUGGCUUCCUGGAUCUGAUCCUGAUCUUUCCUUUUUGAACGACCUUUCUCUCUAUGCCACCCAACCAUGUCCCGCUCCUACACCCCUGGCAUUGGAAUGGCCCGCGGAUGCAUCAUCCUCAGUAGUGCCGUUUUGCAAUGUAUGUUAUGGUAUCCAAGGCUGCGUUUGUGGUAAUCGUACCUAUCAGCCUCCGUUGGAUCUCACUGAAAUUUGAAUUGUUUUUACCUAUCUUGCCCUCCCCGCUAUUCAUAUUUCCACUACCUCACUAUCCUUAUUUCAUUUUGCAUCAUAUAUCCUUUUUACAUUUCAUUCCUAGCAUUAUACUCAUUAUCAUUCCAAAAAAAAAAAAUCAUUAAAGAGACGGUUUGCGAAUUAAGAC